GUGCUCGAUUUAUCAUCAUACACCGUACCAUACAAAACAAACGGGAAGUGGGAAAGGGACAAGCUUUAUGAAAUUUAUCGACCUUUGAAAAGAUUGUGGAGUGCCGGAAAUAUAUAUAUAUUUUGUAAAUCCCUUCAGCUACCUAGUUAAUUAUAUCGGAUAAGUUCUAGGAGUAACCAUUCAAGCGGUACUUCUGCAUCCAGAGCAAGAGACUGGGGUGUAGGACAUGGCAAGUAGGGGUGGUGCAACACGACCCAAUGGGCCGAACACAGGCAACAAGAUCUCCCAGUUCAAAUUAGUACUCUUAGGGGAGUCCGCCGUGGGAAAGUCCAGUCUUGUACUUCGCUUCGUCAAGGGCCAGUUUCAUGAAUUCCAAGAGAGCACAAUCGGAGCUGCCUUCCUGACUCAGACAGUAUGUUUGGAUGACACAACAGUCAAGUUUGAGAUCUGGGACACAGCUGGUCAGGAGCGCUACCACAGCUUAGCACCCAUGUACUACAGAGGUGCCCAGGCCGCAAUCGUGGUCUACGACAUCACUAACAAAGAGUCCUUUGCACGAGCAAAGAACUGGGUUAAGGAGCUUCAGAGACAAGCCAGUCCAAAUAUUGUAAUAGCUUUAGCUGGGAACAAAGCUGACCUUGCAAACAAAAGAGCAUUGGAUUUUCAGGAUGCCCAGUCAUACGCAGAUGAUAACAGUUUACUGUUCAUGGAAACAUCAGCAAAGACCUCUAUGAACGUUAAUGAGAUGUUCAUGGCUAUUGCAAAGAAAUUACCCAAGAACGAGCCUCAAGCUGACGGCGCGUACAGUGGGCGCAACCGGGGAGUGGAUCUUACGGAGGCAGCUCAGCCGGCCAGUCGCUCCUGCUGCAGUACCUAAACCUGGCCCACUCUUCCCACAUGCACCUUCCCCCUCUCCUCCUAACUUUGAAUAACAUCUGGACAUGGUGUUCCCCUUUCUGACAUCAGACCUUCCACCUCUCGUCCUUUCUCCCCGGAAUAGCUAAAGACUGUAUAGCUGCAUUUAAUACUUUUUUUGUUUUUACUUUCAUUUUUUUUUUUUAAGUGUCAGUAUAAUGUAUGCAUGUAU